AUGUCUCGGUCUGGGCUGGUUUGUGGUCGUGGUUUGUGGUCGACUUUGGAGCUCCAGAACGAAUUGAUAGCAUACCAAAAGGAAUUCCCGUACGUAUUCUCUGUUUCCAUGCAUGCCGUAACCCCGCGCCUUAUAACAUUGGCAGCUGUCUGUCAGCGUAACGGGCGUCCUUACCCUUCUCGUCCAUGGGUAAGCCAGCGUCCCAGUGAUUCAUCUCAAUCCCAAAUGUUAAUGAAACUCCUCGAUAGCUUUUUUGCGUAUAGGAUAUACAAUUUCCUUUCGAAAUAUCGACUGCUUGUCACCAUUCCUAUCGUAGUUUUGGCUUUACUUCGAGUCGGUUUCGCUCUAACGACUGCGCAUCUCAUGCUGAAGGACCGUAGCCUUGCCGUCUUCAAGGAUUAUCAUGAGUGGAUCUUCUCCCUUGGACUGGGGCUCUCAUCUGGAGUCGAUAUUCUUAUCACCAUCACCAUGAUGGCCAUUCUGCACGGCUCUCGCUCAUCGUCGUUAAGCCUCGACACAGUGAUCAGGUCCUUGAUCUUGUACACAUUGGAGAAUAGUGCUCUCACUACCGCCGCAACUAUUGUUUCGAUGAUAUGUUGGCUAGUCAUGGAUAAUCUCAUCUUCUUAGCAUUACACUUCAUCAUCGCGAAGCGUACGUAUAUCUAAGAUAUACAGCGCACCGUAUUUCAUUGUAAUGGUCGGGAGGGGGGGGGGGGGGGGGGCAUACUCGGCCAGAAUGGGAUGAUCGGGGAAGAUUCGCUGGCUGAGGCAUACUUCGAGAAAACGUAUAUAAAGAUGACAUGGGCGGCAAGGUCAGAUGACGGUACCAAGAACGCGACCGUUCGACUCAUCGUAGACAAUGUCAGAUACACGCAGCUGUCGCGGUGUAUGAAACAAAUGUAACGUUUAACUGAUUUUCUG